AUGACGACCGCAAGUAUGCUCCUGACGGUGGCGACUACAUGGAACGUCUCUACCGACAAGAUUGACAAAGAGGGGUGUCUGAGCAUGGCCACAAAGCAUGUCACCGCUGAAGCUGCCAAAGAAGUCCGCGAGAGUCAGUCUACGAAGGAACAGGCGCUGGCCAUCAUGAGGGAGUGGAUACAACAGAACAUUGACAUCAAAAAUGUCCGACAAGAUGAAUCAUUUCUACUUCGGUUUUUACGCCACAAGAAGUACAGUAUCCCGAUGGCCCAACAAACCCUGCUGAAGUACUUGAGCUUGAGAAGAUACUAUCCCGAAAUAUUCAAGAACAUCGACUGCGAUGACCCAAAACUGAAGGAUAUUCUCAGCAACGGGUACAUAGUGGUUUCACCGGUUCGAGACAGCAAGGGUCGUCGGGUCAUCGUUUACAAUAUGAGUAAAUUCAACGCUCAUAAAUACAACUGCUGGGACAUGUGCCGGGCUCACUUGCUGGUGUACGAGAGCUUGCUGGAGGACUCCAUGGACCAGAUGUGCGGUUACGUGCACGUGGGGGACGGCAGCGGGGUGACCGGAGCACACAUCACCACAUGGAACCCUACAGACUUCGCUCGUCUUAUGAAAUGGGGAGAGCAAUCGAUGCCCAUGCGUCACAAAGAGUUUCACUGUGUAAACGUACCGACUGCCCUCAAAUAUGUCGUCGACUUCGCAGUUAGUAAAGUUACCCCCAAAAUGGCGGAAAGACUUAACAUCCAUACAAACCUAAAACAACUGCACCAGCACAUAAAUGUCGAGUGCCUACCAACGGGAUAUGGAGGCCCAUUGAAAAUCGAAGAUAUGGUCAAAUUCACAUCGCAGAUAGUAAACGACCAGAAAAAGAAAGUUCUUGGUCUGGACACAAUGGAAAUCCUCAGCACUAGAGGUAUCAUCUCUUCGAGGAGACCUAACACCAUCGUAGUGAACGGAGACGUUGCGGUACAAGGGAGCUUCAGAAAACUAGAGAUAGAUUAG